AUCGUUCAAAACACUGCAUGCCUGCUAUGGUAGUGCUACGGUAAUACGAGUACUACGAGUAUGGACAGCGAAACGUUACAGCAAACCGAAACGAAAGAGUCCCACGACGUUGUCAACCGUCCGACGCGAGUUUUGUCGGAUUAAAUGCCUUCGUGCUUUCAUAAUCGAGACCAUAAGCCCAUCUGCAAACGCUUCCUUGUUGCUUGCUUGUCUCUCAUCAACUAACUCAAUACGCUCUUGACAAUGGCUUCCAACGACGCUCUGGAAUUCGGAACCAAGCUCCUGGUGGAUUACUGGGACUCGAAAGAUGUCGACGCCUUUGUCGGUUGCUUCACCGAAGACGCCGUUUGGACCGUCAACACGUCUCCCCCAGCGCAGGGAAUCGAAGCCGUGAAGCAAGUCACCGAAGCUCUCAUGAGAUUGACCAAGGGUUCCAAGCAUUCCGAACUGGUUGGGUUGGUUUCGAACGAUGGAACCACCUACACGGUUUAUGGAAAGGUGUCCUACGAAAUCGAAGGCUACGAGGGUGCUGUGGAUUGCUCGUUUUGCGAUGUCAUCACCGUGAAGGAUGGAAAGGUCGCAGAGUGCUCGACGUUCAUGGACACGGCCCCCUUGAACCCCUCUCCUGACGCUAGUAGUGGCUGAGGCGACGAUAAAGAUGGUUUUGCAGCGAUGGCUUGUGGAUUGCUCAUGAUGACGUUUGAUUUUUGCUUGAAGUCUCGGGUUUGAUCCACGAUUCGCGUCCACGGCUUCAUUGAAUAAAAUAAAUAUAUUAUUGCUAUU